GAAAGAGGGAGGGAGGGAGAGGGGAGGAAUGUACAGGUCCGAGUACCGCCGCGGCGGCUGCUGCUGCUGCUGGCGGCGGCGGCGGCUCGGACAGCAGCAGCAACCAGGCAUCAUGGCCGCUAAAUCAGACGGGAGGCUGAAAAUGAAGAAGAGCAGCGACGUAGCGUUCACCCCGCUGCAGAAUUCGGACCACUCCGGCUCGGUGCAGGGAUUGGCUCCAGGUUUACCGUCGGGGUCUGGAGCUGAGGACGAGGAGGCGGCUGGGGGUGGCUGCUGUACGGACGGUGGCGGCGGCGGCGGCGGCGGUUGCUCCCGGUGCUGCUGCUGCGGCGGCGGCAGCAGUAGCUCGGGCGGCGGCUCGGGGGUCUCUGGUGGUGGCGGUGGGGGGGGCUCCUCCUCACUGUGCCUGCGACUAGGCAGGGAGCAGCAGCGCUACUCGCUGUGGGACUGCCUCUGGAUCCUGGCCGCUGUGGCGGUGUACUUCGCGGAUGUGGGUACAGACAUCUGGCUCGCAGUGGACUACUACCUGAGGGGUCAGCGCUGGUGGUUUGGACUCACUCUCUUCUUCGUGGUACUGGGCUCCCUUUCCGUGCAGGUGUUCAGCUUCCGCUGGUUUGUGCACGAUUUCAGCACUGAGGACAGCUCCACAGGCACCUCAACCACAGCAACUGCCACAGCUUCCUCUGCUUCUGGCUGCCCACAGCCUACAGCGGACUGCAAGACGGUGGUCAGCGGUGGGUCUGCAGUUGGAGAAGGAGAUGCUCGUCCUUCCACACCGCAAAGGCAAGCUUCAAACGCUAGCAAAAGCUAUACCACCACCAACAGCAGCAACAGCAGCAGUGCCACCCGGACCGGCAGCAAGAACAGGUCUGCAUCCUGUUCAUUCUGCAUCUGGCUCCUGCAGUCACUCAUCCACAUCUUGCAGCUCGGGCAAAUCUGGAGAUAUUUCCACACCAUAUACUUAGGCAUCCGAAGCCGACGGAGUGGGGAGAACGACAGAUGGAGGUUCUACUGGAAGAUGGUGUAUGAGUAUGCAGAUGUGAGUAUGCUGCAUUUGCUAGCCACCUUUCUGGAGAGUGCUCCACAACUGGUCCUGCAACUCUGCAUUGUCGUUCAGACUCAUACUUUACAGGCCCUCCAAGGUCUCACUGCCGCAGCCUCCCUCGUGUCCUUGGCUUGGGCAUUGGCCUCCUACCAGAAAGCCCUGAGGGACUCGCGGGAUGACAAGAAACCUAUCAGCUACAUGGCUGUCAUUAUCCAGUUUUGCUGGCACUUCUUCACCAUCGCUGCCAGGGUCAUCACCUUUGCCCUCUUUGCCUCCGUUUUCCAACUGUAUUUUGGGAUCUUCAUCGUCCUUCACUGGUGCAUCAUGACCUUCUGGAUCGUCCAUUGUGAGACAGAAUUCUGCAUCACAAAAUGGGAGGAGAUCGUCUUCGACAUGGUCGUUGGGAUCAUUUAUAUCUUUAGCUGGUUCAAUGUCAAGGAAGGCAGGACACGAUGCCGGCUCUUCAUUUACUAUUUUGUGAUUCUUUUGGAAAAUACCGCCUUGAGUGCCCUCUGGUACCUGUACAAGGCUCCCCAGAUCGCAGAUGCAUUUGCCAUACCAGCCCUGUGUGUGGUAUUCAGCAGCUUUUUAACAGGCAUUGUUUUUAUGCUGAUGUAUUAUGCCUUCUUUCACCCCAACGGACCCCGUUUUGGGCAGUCGCCAAGCUGUGCUUGUGAGGACCCGGUAGCAGCCUUCACGCUGCCCCCAGAAGUGGCCACAAGCACUCUAAGGUCCAUUUCCAAUAACCGCAGCGUCGCCAGCGAUCGGGAUCAGAAGUUCGCCGAGCGGGAUGGGUGCGUGCCUGUCUUUCAGGUGAGACCCACUGCCCCCUCCACCCCGUCCUCCCGACCUCCAAGGAUUGAAGAGUCAGUCAUUAAAAUUGACCUGUUCAGGAAUAGAUACCCAGCCUGGGAGAGACACGUGCUGGACAGAAGCCUACGGAAGGCCAUCUUAGCUUUUGAAUGUUCCCCGGCUCCUCCGAGGCUCCAGUACAAAGACGAUGCUCUCAUUCAGGAGCGGCUGGAGUACGAAACUACUUUAUAGAACCCUGGAAGUCUGGAAGGAGCCAUGACGUUACAGUCCAGAUUAAGGGUUGACAGCAGGGCUGCGGCAAUAACUCUACUCUGUUGUAGAAUAGAGCAAGGAGCUGUAAAGAUCUUAGUCUGGCUGUCAUCAUGAUUAUCAUUUGAUCCACAGGCUGCAGACUGGCGGCUGUAAUACCCUUUUCAGAGAAGCAGCCCUCAAGAGUCUCAGUUCCUUCAGGUGGGGAGCAGAUCCCCAGCUCUUGACUCCUUGUUCCUCUCAAACUCCUGCACAGAGCUUUCAAUCAAAAUGACAGGAGGACUCUGAUGUGUACAUGCUGCCUCCAAGUAACAGGGCAUUUUAUUGGGGUCGCCUGAUCUUUGCAUAAAGACAUAUUCAGUCAUGAUACAUACAACACACACACACACACACACACACACAUACACUCACCAAUCUUCUGUCAAAAUGGCUUAGGUGGUUUGUCAAUAUAAAGCUCUGUUUCCCACAGGAACAAAAAUGGGAAAACAUUUCCUCGAGACUCCAGAAAGAAUCAUGUUGUUGUUGUUAUUUUUUUUAAUUGGUAAAUAUUUUCUCAUUUGGAAAAAAAAAUAUACCAUGAGUGACAGCCUACCAUUGGACAGCUAAUGAAAGUGCACUUGAACAAGUGUUAAUAUUGAUGGAAUGGUUAGUUUUCUAUGAAAUUCAGGAUUUAUUUUCAUUGAGAUUUUCAGUUGACAGCAUCCUUUUUGACAGAAAUCCUAUGCAGCACAUUUAUGGCUUUCAACAAGACCAAGGAGCUCUAAGAACUUAGUGAUGUAAAUUAAAUGAUAAUCAUGAUUCAGUAUUUAAUUGCAAAAAAAAAAAUAAAAAGAGUGAGAGAGAGAGAAUAAAAAGGAAGGGGAAAAUGGCAAAUCAAAACACGAGUUUUCCAGGCUUCUGGAGACCACGUUUUUGCAUUGUAAGGGGACAAGCAUCUGGAGAUUAAAAUGCUGUAAAUUGAAUUUGUUACGGGACGCAGAAUGCAUGGCUCUGUGUGUGAAUGUAUGCAGGUGCAGUGCGAUGAGAGUACGUGACAUGCCAUACCUUUCUAGUGCCAAACAUUGUCGAACUACAAGAUUGAUAGUGAUACCCAAGAGACAGAACCCGGGUAGCACGAGCCCUACGGAAAGCAGGAAGCAAGGAAGAACGAUCAAGUUCUCCAACGUGUACAGACAGUUUGGUUUAUUUUCUCCCCCAACCCAAGUUGAAAAUGAUGUGUCUUUUAGAGGCUUUGGGCCACUCCUUAGUAAGUAUGAGCAGACAAAACCAAUGAAAUAAGUGAUAGGGAAAGCCCUUUCGAACUUCUGGAAGGCUUAUCUCUUUAUCUAGCUAACAAGUUGUUUGAAUUGUUUGUACAAAAAAAAAUAAGAUUCUGGGUUUUAAAUACCUCCCUACAGCAAGUAAAUGUUCUCCUUUUUUUUCUGUUGGAAAUGUCCUCCCUCAUGGUGCUUUUGGUUGCAUUAAAGGUGCAGGUCAAAUUUUAAUAGUAUUUUUUUUUAUAGCUGGUGCAGAGUGGAAUAACUCAUGGAUUAUUUCGAUAUUUUUGUAAUGAAAAAAAAUGUAUGUUACAUAUAGAUGAUGUUUCCUUUUUAUAGACCUGAACUCUUUUAAAGCAUCCCAUGCUCUUUAGUUAUUUGGGAAGUUAGAAAAGGAUCCACAUGUCCCAUUAGCCUACUCUCCAGAUUGAGAAAAAAAAAAAUGUAUUUGUCCUGUAAGGUCACCUUGCUUUGUAGCACUGGAGUUCCAAGAGUGUGGCUAUGGGUUUUAUUCAAACAUCAGGUUAAGAAAAAAUCAGAAUCUUACUAAAAAUCAUUGCCAAGACCUAGAAACUUUCCAAAAAAACAUUUUUAUGGCUCUUCCCAUCCAGUUCAUAAAUUUAGAGUUAGAAGGAAUCUUAUAAGUCAUGUACUCAAAUGUCUUUUAUAGAUGAGGAAAUGAAGGAGCAGAAAAGUGAAGUGAUUUACCCAAGGUCAGACAGAUAACAAGCAGUGACCCAAGAUCUGAACACUGGUGAUCUUCAGUCUACAAAAAAGGAGACCAUAGCAGAAAAUGUGUUAAUUUUCAAUGUUCAUAUUUCAUUUUAAUUGGUCUGACUAAUUUGAAUUCAACUAAAGUAAUUGGUUAAAUUGCUUUAAAAAAAACAGUCUCAUUAGUUUGAUUUAUCUAGGCGUUUGAUUGAAAAUAUUUUUAAAGUGACAAAAUCAGUUAUGCAUGUAACUUCAAUCUAUCCUUCGUCAAACACUGGUAAUCAAUAUUUUAACCUUUUCCAAUAGGUAUGUAAUACAGUGACUGUUAUUCCUACAAUGAUACUUACAAAAGUGAAAGGGUUCCUACUAGACCAGGGUUUUUUGUAUUCCACCCAAAAGCCAUUUUUAAUAAUAAACAAUUUUUAUCAAUAAAACUUCAUCCUUUCCUAGUACUACAAGACCUGUUCCUCCAAGAAUGAGAUCUGCUGAGAAGUAAUUACAUGUGUAGGCGUGAUGAGACAACUGGACUUACCAAGAAAAAUCUAGGAAGAUACUGCUUUCCAGUAGCCAUUACACAUUUAUGGAUAAAUGUUCCACCCCAGCCAGUCAUUUCUAGAAUAUUUUAAUAUAGAAUUAGCAUUUCAGCAAAUAUAUGCCCUCUGGGUGUUUCAAACACUAACUUACACUGUGAGUAAAUUCAUCUUGAAGAAAUAUGAGUCACAAAUGUUGUUUUUCCACCCAAAACACAAAACUAAUAAUUCUUAAGAAUUCAGAAUUUUAAUCCAAUUGAAUCUGCUAUAUCUUUGAUGUCAUGAACAAAUGUCAUGAUUGUGUUUAUCGUCACAGACCACAACAGAAAACAAUAAUUUCUUAAUCAAAUAAUCAAAGGGGAAAAGGAGCAUAAAUCUGGUGUGGGAAGGGACCCCAAAGACCAUCUCAUCCAACACUAUUUUAUAGUUGAGGAAACUGAGGUCUAAGGAGUUUAAGUGACUUGCCCAAAGUCACAAAAAUAGUGUCACAGGUGACUCUCAGCAGACUCAUUCCUUACCCACUGAUUUUCCUGAACAAUGUUGCUAUUAAAAAAUAAUAUUAUAUAAUGAGAAAAUGAUAGAUUGGUUAGGUGAAGAAGCUAUAGUCACAGAAAAAAAGAUGUUUUUUCAAGGAAUAGUAAAUAUGAUGUGUUCUCUGUUUUCCAUCAUGGUUUGAGAACAGGAUGUCCUAUUCUAAUUAUAAAUAUUCUAAAUAUAAACCUAUAUCAUUAUUAUUAUGAUUAAAAGUUACCAUAAUAUUAAUUAUAUUAUUAUGGCAAUUAAUAGUUACCUUGUGUUUCACAUUGCUCAUUUUUGAAUAUUUCAAAUAUAACAAUAUAAUUAAGGUUAAAACUAUAUAGAAUGUAAUUUAAUCUUUUUGACAUGAUUCAGAAAACAUACAGAGUUCAGGGUCUUUAUUAUAAAAAGCAGUCAUUGAUAUAGAAAUGUUAAUUCAUAGAAUGCUGGAUAACAGAGAGUAUACUGUAUCAGGGUUUAAAGAGACCUUUGUCAAAAUAUAAAAUAUGAUUUGUGUAAUUAUAUCUCUUUUUGAUAAUUAGUUUUUGGUCUUCUAGUAAUUCCUAAAAGAAAAUUCUGUAAAAUCCUGGAAGGGGGUAACAUGUAAUGUAUAAGGGGAGUGACGUGAACAAUAGUUUAGAAGCACCUGGAAAGUUGGUAUCUUUAUUAAUGAUCUCUAAGCUCCUAAUGCUUUGGGCUCACCUUGAUUUCUAUGUUAUCAUCAAAGGAGGGUUCCACAAGUGCUCACUUACAAAAGAUGAUGAAAUACUCUGAUGAAAUAUUGUUAUAAAGGUGUGCUUUAUUGAUGAAAUGAAACAUAUUCAUUCCUAAUUCAAAAAGCAAUGACCACAUACCAACUCUUGAUUCUGGCCAAAAGUUUAUCAACUUCAAUGAAGAAAUAGAAAGUUCCACCUCCAAAUGUUGAGUCCCCAAAAUGAUAGUGUUCUUGAAACCAUCUUUAUACAUUGUGAUUGGUCACUAACAUGGAAUGUCUAAUAUGACUCUCUAGGCAUUCAGUGAAUAUUUGUCAUUGACAAUGCUAUUCAGCUACUAUAUGAAAUAAAUGUUUUCCAGCUUGCUAUAAGUAUUGAGUUCAAAUGUUGGUAAAGCAAACAUAAAACAAAAAAUUCUUACUGUAUUAGACCUAUUGUCAUUAUUGAAAAAUUUAUACCAAUAUCUUAAGUUUAGUGAUAAUUACCUCACCACAAGUUUCCCAAAAGAAUAGUCACUCACAGUACUGAACCAUUUCAAAUGAAGGGGGAAAUGUAAACUCAAUGAUCGCCUUUAAAACAGAAAAAAAAAAUCUUUCAUAAAUAAUGGAGAGGAAAGGUAUAAAACGUACAGCACACUUUAAAGCUUAUAACCUCAAAUGCGUUUCACUUCUUUCUUUUAAUUGAUGCUAUUUUCAUUCAGAAACGCAUGUCCUUGAUCCUCUCCCCUUUUUCUUUUUUGACUUUAACCCCAAAAUGCAAUCCUCGGGUAUGCUUCACAAUUGUCAUGAACUGGAGAUGCCCAGAGCCAGCAGAGAAAUGUUUUGCUUGUGUGGGUUUUAUCAGAAGUCUCUUGAAGGAGUGCAUCCUUUAAAAAGCUAUAUUCCAUUCUCGGCAGGUACAAGAAAGAUUUCUCUGAAGAGAGAGUUGUGGGAAGAAAAUCUCAUGUACUCCUAAACUGGAACUUUCAGGGCCUGGCUGAUUGUUUUGAAUUAUGCCCCCACAUAUAAGUGUCUCACUGUUUUGUAAGGAAAUGUCAAUGUUUAUGUUUAUAUCAGAAUUUUGGGGGCUUUUCUAGUAAAGGAUCUUCUUAUAAUAUGCUAUCAUAUCAUAAUAUAUGUGUUUUAAAUGUAUCUUCCAAAUGCUUUUUUUUUUUACCAUUUCUAUAUAAAGUUUUGGUAUUUUUCGAUCUGUAUGGAAAAUUCCUUAAAAACCCUUUAAAACAAUAUAACUUGAUUCUUUCCUUCAGAGAGGUAAUUUAGAGCAGUGUUGUCAAUUACAAAUGAAUUUCUUUGGGUUUAAUAUUAACUUUAAAAACCACAUGUAAACAUUA